GUGGGUAGAGGAGAGAAAGGAGCAUAGCGCACAAGAGCAGUUGCGAGCGUGUGUAGCGCGGCGGGGUGUUCGGAAGUCCAGACACGGAGGUGGGCCCAAAGGUACGCGGCCCAACUGAAAGAGACGAUCGCUUGUUGCCAAAAAGCGUCGGGGCAUUGCCCUGGCUCUGAAGUUCAGGCGGCAAGUGCGUUGUGCGAUCUUGGUAGUGAAGCGAGUGAAAAUCCGAAUUCUGAAGGGGCGGUGCUCACCGAGAGGAGAAUUGGCGGAGAAGAGGAUUGGGACGAACAUGGUGUAUGACGGUCGGGGAGUGCCUGCGCUGGGGCGGCAGCAGCAGAUGCGUGAGACCAAAUUGUGGAGCUGCAAUUUCUCGAAAGAAGGCAUGGUAUCACAUCAAGGUUCGGGCAGAAGACCAAAAAGCGAUGUGGGAUUGAAGGUGAUUUCAUUCCAUGCAUCUUUGGUGUCAAGUUGUCUUAAGGCCCGGUAUCACAUCAAGGUUCGGGCAGAAGACCAAAAAGCGAUGUGGGAUUGAAGGUGAUUUCAUUCCAUGCAUCUUUGGUGUCAAGUUGUCUUAAGGCCCGUGGACCAGUUGAGGAGACUUGGAUAUAACGAGGAAACAAGAGACCAGGAAAAGGGGACGCCGUUGGAUCGAACUUUCAAGGCUGAAUUUCCUGUCACUGGGAAGGAGCAGAGCUGACAUGUAUGUUCCUAUCAAAAGACGAUGCAGCCCAAAGGCCAAGACGCCAAAGAUGGAAACUGUUGAUCAGGUCGUUGGCAAAGAACAGAGGAAAUGCAUUAGGUCGAAUGCAGGUGGGGAUCGAAGGAUGUCCCUUCGGAGGAGUGGGACAGGUCUUGAGGUAUAUACUUAAACUGAUGAUAUUCCGCACCAGAAAAAUGCCCUACCUUCGAUGGGAUACUAUGCUUGAUGCAGAUAUUCCCUAUUCUCUCUAAUAACUGGUGUGCUUUGUGUGCACGGCAUUCCAUUUCACUUCACCUGCUCAUUUCGGUUACGAUGGUGGUGCUCCAUUGAGAGAGCUUUCCAAAAAUUCAGUCAACCCGAUUUAGCAUCCCGCACACAGUAUUCUUUAGUAAAAGGCGAAAGAAUAGUUCGCUCUGGGCUGAACACUCGGCUGGUGUACGAGCAUCUUUUGCUACAACCAAGAAUAAACUUCUCUCGGAGG